AUGCGUCGUUCGGCUCGAUGCUCACUGGUCGCUCAACGUCAUUUAUUAUCGAAAAAAUUUGCGUUGAAUGAAGAGUGGUGUAGUAGACAUAGUGCACUUAGUGAACUCGGUAUAGACGGAGGAUAUGAAUGGAUUACUGCUGUACAGAAGAAGUUUGUCAGCGCUAAAAUAGCCAGUGCGGUGGACGUUGAUGCAGCGGUUUGUAUAGCAGAGGAGUUGGAUCAGCUAGAUGAUAUACUAAAAAUUAUAUACAAAUUGCGACACAUCGAAAUGACCGGUAGGAUGCUACCUUCAACAGAAUAUGCUCUUGUCAGACUGCUUCUGAAACAUCACAAAACCGACAUUCUUCUUGCAGUUCUAACUGACCCUAUCAAUUAUGGAGUUUUUUUGAAUGAACAUUCAGCUUGUCUAAUUAUAGAUAACUUUCUGGAAGCUGAUAAAAUCACAGAUGCUGCACGAGUUGCCAGCUGUGUAAUGCUUCAAGAAAUGUUCCAAUCUACUUUAUUGAACUGGCUAUGUAUUUAUAGCAGUUUAAGGUGGACUGAAUUGCCUACUGGACAAAGAGUAUUUGAGGAACUUCCGUCUCUGGAUUAUAUUGCUGGAACAGAAAACAAUACAGGGCAUGUGGAAGAUGAAGACGAAAUGACCUUCAAAUUCCCAUAUUUAAAAAACGAAUACAACGACAUGCAUUUCGAUCUCACCGAUCCAGAUCAACUCAUUGGGAAAAAUCUACUUUGGUUUAGUAACUGCGUUCCAUUGAGUGAAGAAGAAGCUAAAAAUAUUCGCCUAAUAGGAUAUGUAUUUUUUGGCAACUAUGUUUUGGCAAAACAGUUGCUGCAAACGAUAAAUAUCUUCUCAUCUGCGGCUGCAAUUUGUCAGUCCAGAUUGGAGCAGUUAACGAUUAAAACAGAUAACAUUAGAGAACUGCAGGAUAGACAGCCUACUGAGAAUGUUGUAGAGGAAUUAAAGGGAAUAAUCGACAAGAUUGAAAAGAAGAACACGGACGAGAAAUUAUCAGAUAUGAUCAUGAAGCAUUUAAAGGCUGUACAGAAUACGGAGGAGAAAAACGUGAUAGAAAUACAACGCAGUGCCUUCCGUAACUGGAUACAAAAUCGUACUGAUCUUAUCAGAGCUCAGGUCGAAACCCUCGAUUUAAAGUUGCGACUGAAAGAAACCUGUGAAGAGCGACGAAAAUUACGAGAUCGUUGGGAAAUGUUGAAUUUCUUCGAAAAUCGCUUAAAAUGGGAGGAUAUGGCGGUUGUAAAAGAGGAGCUUCUAAAAGCUGAACAAGAUAAAAGGAAAAGUAAGGAAGACUUAGAGCAGGAAUACGUAGAUGAAGUAUUUCAUAAGAAAAAUGUUAAAAAGUGUUGA